GCGUCCCGCCUCACUCUUAUUGGUGGAGGCGCCCGGGGUUCUGGGUCCGGACCUCAGCGCCCAGCUCCUUACCCUCUUCGGGCUCCACUGUUGACCUCCGUGGAGGCGGUAUAAGACCAGGAUUGCAAGGCAGCCUGGCCGUCGGACUCAGCAAGGGCGGGCAGGGCGGCUUUGGUUUCAUCCGGGCGCUCCAGCCUUCGUUCCGCCUUACCCUUCUCCAACGACCUAUGUCCGGCAUGUUUUCCAGGGCCCAGGUGAGGCGGGUUCUGCAGCGGGUGCCCGGGAAGCAGCGAUUCGGCGUCUACAGGUUUCUGCCCUUCUUUUUUGUCCUCGGAGGAACGAUGGAAUGGAUCAUGAUUAAAGUGCGCGUGGGCCAGGAGACCUUUUAUGACGUCUACCGCAGAAAAGCCUCAGAAAGACAGUAUCAGAGAAGGCUGCAAGAUGCAUCAGAGACUGAACUUCAGCAGUCAAUAAAUUUUCCUGUCCCUGCUUGAAUACUUCCCAAGUCACGGAUGGACAGCACUUGUGGGAAAAUUAUUUCCUACUGAAACAACGGAAUCUAGUCUGUGAAACAUUUCUUAAACAAUUCAAGGAUGAAUCAGGAUGCCUUUCAGUGUACCCUAAAUUGUGAAGUCCUUUGUUUUAGGCAACCAGGGAUAACCUAACUUUUUGCUGAACUCAAAUUUAGUAUGAAUGAAAGUAAGGUCUCUACUGUAGGGUCAUUUAAACGAGGAUGACUAUGCAGAUUGCAUUUCUGCUAGCUACCAAUUGGUGAACAUUUUGCUAGAAUGCAAACACACCUCAUUCACGUUGUGAACACCAACCCAUUCCCUUGUUUGACUCCACUAACAUCAAGGGCUGGACCUCUGUGAGGACUGGGGACCAACAGGCUUCACUGCCCUCUGUGAGGAAGAUGCUGCUUUCAUCUAGCUGCUGGACACACUGCUCCUUCCCCAAAAAAGUGAAUCUUCCUAGCACUGAGCAACCACAGACUUGAGUUAAAUCAGAGGCUCAGGCUAUAGGGAGAGUUUGCAAUCUGACCCAGAAAAAGUUUCAAUCAGGUGGUACAAAAGCAAAGGCAUCUUUCCAGGGUUGGAUAACCACAUCUAACAUCUUUUCAAACAAAAAAAAUCUACAUAUUAAAGACGACUAAGUUGCAAAAUCAUUUCUACCUAUUUACUCAUGAAUAAAAAAGCUGAUGCUUAAGGCCACAGGUAUCAUCAAGUUAAAGAUCUCUGCCACAAAUACAUUGAAAACUAAGAUCAUGGCAUCCGGUCCCAUCACUUCAUGGCAAAUAGAUGGGGAAACAGUGGAAACAAUGGCCGACUUUGUUUUUCUGGGCUCCAAAAUCACUGCAGAUGGUGAUUGCAGCCAUGAAAUUAAAAGACGCUUACUCCUUGGAAGGAAAGUCAUGACCAACCUAGAUAGCAUAUUGAAAAGCAGACACAUUACUUUGUCAACAAAGGUCCGUCUAGUCAAGGUUAUGGUUUUUCCAGUGGUCAUGUAUGGAUGUGAGAGUUGGACGGUGAAGAAAGCUGAGCACUGAAGAAUUGAUGCUUUUGAACUGUGGUGUUGGAGAAGACUCUUGAGAGUCCAUUGGACUGCAAGGAGAUCCAACUAGUCCAUCCUAAAGGAAAUCAGUCCUGGGUAUUCAUUGGAAGGACUGAUGCUGAAGCUGAAACUCCAAUACUUUGGCCACCUGAUGCGAAGAACUGACUCAUUAGAAAAGACUGUGAUGCUGGGAAAGAUUGAGGGCAGGAGGAGAAGGGGACGACAGAGAAUGAGAUGGUUGGAUGGCAUCACGAAUCAAUGGACAUGGGUUGGGUGAACUCUGGGAGUUGGUGAUGGACAGGGAGGCCUGGCGUGCUGCAGUUCAUGGGGUCGCAAAGAGUCGGACACAACCGAGAGACUGAACUGAACUGAAGGGAUUUAAGUCAGUUCAUUUAUGUUAGAACCAAUUUAGUAUAAAUAAAUAGCCACUCACCACUCACCUCAUUAAAGCACUACUGAGACACUGCUCAGACAUGGCUUGAGUAUGAAGACCAGUGAUGACCAACAGCACCUGGGGGAGGAAGGUAGUCCUCACUCUCGCUUUUGUCACAAGAGUUCCUGGUGACCUUAAACCUCACGUUAUUUUAAUGAUUAGACUGUUGCACAAUACAUUUACAUUGUGACCUAGCUCCAUUUAUUCCCCCUGGCCCCCGUUUUAGAAGUUUAAUACUUUGUACAUACAUAAAUAUGUAGCAUACAUACCUUUUACAAAGAGAAGUUGUAAAUGCUAAUAAAACCAUCAGCUACCUUCUGUGUCUGCUGUGGUU